AAUGCUAGCCCGUGGAACUUAACGGUCGAGAUAAAAUUUGCGUUCAGGGACAAGAGAAACAGUAACAGUCCCCGAAAGAUCAGUUGGAAAGUUCGCUCUGCAAAAAGAGAGUGGGGGUGGGUAGGAAACAAAACUUUGGGGGUAGUGUGUGUGUCCAGAGAGUCAAAUUCCUAUUAUAAAGCUCAGGAUUGGUUGAAAGAGGCACAGCUCACAUACAGCCCAGACGCGGAAAACAACGGGGCGUCACUAAUACGAGAGACAUGGAAGCAGUUGCCUUAAACGACCAAUCGCCCAACCCUGAAAACGCGGAGGGACCGCUUGUCGCCGUUAGUUUUCAGAAGAAUCCUCAACAUGUACGGAAGUAUCUUGAGGCUGAACCCAAGGCCCUCGGAGUGACACAGAUCACUCUCGGUGUAUUUAAGAUUAGCAUGUCCUUGUCUACCCUUUCCAAUGGCUUUGAAGAUGUCACCCUCGAUGUGAUACACCUUGCUGGGUCAUUACUGGUCAUCAUUGCUGGGAGUGUGGCAGUAGCAGCCCAGAAUCUACACCUGCCUACUCUGAGGGCCUGCCUUGGCAUGCAGGUGCUGGCGUGCGCCGUGUCUGUGGUCAGCAUCUUUAUUAGCUUCUUUCAGGUGGGGUAUAACUACGGCAGCAUAGGCUGUUGGUUGAUGAAAACGAAUGGUACAGAACAGCAUAACGUCUGCCACACACUUUCGACAGCAUUGGAGCUCUACCUCGCAGAGGGCUUGCUCAUCCACACAGCCCUGGCCGCCAUCUGCGCCACCCUGGCAGCCUACUGCUGCAAGGUCAUCAACUGCUGCACCCCCAUGUCCAAAAUGACAGUGAUCACCAUAAAUACUCCCCCAGCCCAACAGUAAAGGACACAGCAGGGAGUGGAAGACAUUUCGCAUGCGCUCAAGGAGUAACAACAGGAGAGCAUUGUACUGAGGGGUAGAAGCCAUUCAGAAAAUCUUAACAUUACAAUGGCUGUAUCGCUAAAAUAACGGCAGUGUAUUAUGGUGCUUGUGUAAUAAAACAAUUAAAAUAUUAACAGCAACAAAUAUAGCAUGAGUAAAAGUAAAACUAUGUUUAAAAGCAUAACUAAGACAUUGGUAAUUUAAUAAAAAUACAGUAAUAACAUUUUAGACAUUAACAAAAAAGAUGAUUUUACAUGUCCAGAGUAAUGCCAUCACAGUGUUGUGUUUGGUCAUGAAUGUUCCCGGUGUCU